GAGGAGAAGAUUAGCACUGCAGUCACUAAGGAGAAGAAGACAGAGUCCAAGGAGGUCAGAGACGAGAAAGUUAAGAAGGAGAAAAAACUCAAGUCCACGGAUCGCCGAUGCCGGUCUAGGAGUAGCCGAAAGCAGGUAGAGGUGAAAGAGGAACCGCCUGAAGCUGAGCUUACCAGAAGGGCGACUGAGGCAGUCAGAG